UUUGUCGCAACUUAAUGGCAGUUUAAAGUACUUUGGAGGACUUUCGAGGAGGUUGGAGUUGUGAAUGACUUCCCGGUGGGUUGGGGGUGUAGCGGGAGGCGAGAGCCGGGAGGAGGGGGCUAGCUAGUGGACUUGUCCUGGACUAUCAGAACCAGAGAUCGACUCUCAUUAGACAGACGGCGGCUUGUUGACGGCAGACCGCAUUUGGACUCAAGCAAAGACACACCGAGGAGGAGGAAUAAGCCUUUUCUUUUAUUACUGAAACAAGAAGAGUUGAGUGAAACGAAGAAAAAGUUUGGAUGUGAACCGCUAGCUGCUCGACUGUAAGCUGAUAUUUCACUUUUUUUCUUACUUUUUCACAGCAUCAACUUUUUUUUUCCUAUUCAAAAUGGAUAAGUACGAGGAUUUGGGACUGGAAGCAAGUAAGUUCAUCGAGGAUUUAAACAUGUAUGAAGCAUCCAGAGAUGGUUUAUUCAGGAUGAGGAGGGAUGCAGGAAAUAACCCGGACUUUGAGGAGACUAGGAGAGUUUUUGCUUCCAAAAUGACAAAAAUACACAUGCAGAAACACCAAGAGGAAAUGGCAAAAAACAACCAGGCGAUAAGAAUGAAUGGGGGUCUUAACAACACGUAUUACACCAAAGACAGACCUCCCAUCAAUAGCUACAGGCAGCCCGGGGAAGCUGCUGCAAAGCCCCCAAUAUUGUCUGGUCCUUUGCCUCCACAGCUUGAUAGUCAGAAGGGCCAUGCAGCCAUUCAGUCUGAACCUCCAGCCAGCAGGGCAUACGGCUACGGAAACAAUUACGAUAACAAGGAGCGCUCAGAGCCACAUUUGUACCAGAACACCACCCCUGCAGUCAUCAGCCCAGGAAACACUUUUCACAGUGCGCCCAUGCACUCUCACCAUGCUGCUCCUUGGGCCUCAUCCAGAGAGAGUUCCCCAUCUUUGUCUGAGGUCAGUGUUGCGUCUUCACAACGGCGCCAGUCUGAAUCUCCAACCAUGAUGCAGAGCCAGGAUGUCCCCCUGUCGACUAACAGGAGUCCGCCAGACCUCAUUCCUUCACUGCCCCUAAGUGCCUUCACAGGAGGAGCCGAUUUAACCUCCAUUCAUUCUACUCAUUAUGCACCACCACCUUCCCCAACUUCAAGAACCUCUUCCAGCCAGAAUGGUCCCGUGGCUGCAUGUGAAACACCCCAAACCAAACUCCAGGUCACAUCUGCAGCCAUAAAUCCCAGUAAUGUCUCCAAAAGCUUCAGCCAGAGUCAAGAUCCAAGCCAUAUUGCCAGCUUUGGAAAGGCUGUUGGUGCUGAAGCAUCUUCAUUGAAGCCUGCAGAGCAGGGUUCCUCAGCAGCUGAAGUAAAACUAGAGGCCCUCACUAAACACCUGGAAAAAGACAUGAAUACCCAACCAAAGGCUGACUAUUUUGGGGUCUGCGUAAAGUGCAGCAAGGCAGUGUAUGGAGCCAACCAGGCCUGUCAGGCAAUGGGGAGCCUCUACCAUGACAACUGCUUCACCUGCAGUGCCUGCAGUCGAAGGCUGAGAGGAAAGGCCUUCUACUACGUGGGAGGGAAGGUUUUCUGUGAAGAGGACUUUCUGUAUUCAGGUUUCCAGCAGUCAGCGGACAAGUGCAACGCAUGUGGUCACCUGAUCAUGGACAUGAUCCUGCAGGCCCUCGGGAGGUCAUACCAUCCGGGCUGUUUUCGUUGUGUUAUCUGUAACGAGAGUCUUGACGGCGUGCCCUUUACUGUGGACACUGAAAAUAAGAUAUACUGUGUUAAAGAUUACCACAGGGUCCUGGCGCCUAAAUGUGCUGCAUGCAACCAGCCCAUCCUUCCAUCCGAGCAGGGCUCUGAUGAAACUGUUCGUGUUGUGUCCAUGGACAAAGACUAUCAUGUGGAAUGCUAUCACUGCGAGGACUGCAACAUGGAGCUGAAUGACGAGGAGGGGCACCGCUGCUAUCCUCUGAAUGGACACCUUCUCUGCCACUCCUGCCACCUGAAGCACAUGGAGCUAGGCAGCGCCCCCUCUAUGACCAGCAGCACCUCCUAUUAACAGCCAGUAUAGUGUAGAUGAAGGGAGACACCUGGUGGACAUUUCGGGAAACGGUCACAUGUGGAGGGUAAUGGUGCACAAUUCUUGUUGUAGAGGAUUGGUUCAUUCAAAACUUCGUCAGUUAUUGCGAAAAGGCGGGUUGUUAGUUUCAUGAAAACAUAAAGAAGCCAUCACCUGAUAAUGGAGUAAUACUCACUUUUUAGAGAUACUCUUCUGCUUUCAGUUUAUACAGCUCCUCUAACUCACUAAAAUAUGUAGUAGUAUUAUGCAGUGUAUACAUAGAGUUGGGUCAAGUGCAAAAGUAACAACUGAUUUAUUAUUAUUUAUUACUCACCGAAUGAAAAUCAUGUCCUGCAUUUUUAAUGUCAUAACUUGGAAUCAGGCUUCUUUAGGUUAACUGAACCCUAUAGGUGUAAAUGUAGGUAUUUGGUGAUAAAUCCAUGGUUACCCAUACCUGGGAUAGGCUCCAGCUUCCCCAUGACUCCUCAUAUCAAUAAGCGGUAAAGAAAAUAGAUGGCUUGAUUGUGGCCGACUCUAAAUAGUUGGUGCUGAUAGUCCUCUCCAUGUGAUGCAGACGUUUGGGUUGAUCUGCACAAAAAACAGCAACAUUUGCCAUUCUUGUGCAGAACUUUGGCAAUAAAUGAUCACUCUGUUGUCAUUAUUUCUAAUUGUCAUUAAAAAUGUAUGUUUGAUAUCAUGUAAGCAAUGCAGAGGAUAGCUACAGUAGGUUAGUGUAAUAAUUUCAUUACUCUGAUAAGCACUUAGUAAUACAGUUUGUUUAUGUUCUAAGCACCUAUGAAGGUUGGAAAUUCUAAUGUAUUUGGCAAGAAUGCUAUAUUUUUAAAAUGUAUAUGUUUUGGGCCUAUAUUCAUUUGUAUACAGUAGUUUCAUGUAUUUAACUCUUGUGCAACAGCCCCUUCAACGAUGAUUGUUUGCAGUCGAACGUGCAUAUUUAGUUUGGCACGUGUCAUACCUUCAAACUUUUAUGUACCAUUUCAGGACCUCAUUGCAUAGUCAAUUGUAUUUCAAGAUGGUUAGGAAAAAAGGUGUGCUCUAUUGGUGAAUAAUUAUAUUGAAUAAAUUCUGUGCUCUAGGUCACAUGCAGUUUCUUUCUACGUGUAAAUGUGCUUGCUACUAAUGCUGCUCAAACAAAAUGUGGUCCUUAAAGACACCUUUUUAAAAAAAAUUGUUUUUCUUCUUUUGUAUGAAACAAAAGUAAACGAGAAGGCCAAUCGCAAUUCAUUUAACUAAGAUUCUUAUCCAAUCUACAUUCUACAAUCUACAAUCUAAACUACAUUCCGACCAGCAUUCUGUCCAAUAGGAGUUAUAUUUUUGCAAUGGUUGUCCACGGCCCAGUAGAAGAAACAAGUGUUUUGUGUUUUUUUAAAGAAGGUUUUCUUGAUAUAAUGCCAUUUAAUUAAUCUGUAUUCGUUUUGUUUUCCGUUGUGAUUCAGUAGUGUGGCUUUUCAGAUAACCUUUUCUACUUUUUAACUUAAUCGCUCACUACGUGUUGUGAUUUUCGCUAAAUUGUAUGUUUUGUAAUCGCUAACUAAACAACCUUGUAACGUU